ACUAUGAAACUUUUGGGAAAGUGAAAUUAUUAUCUUCAUGUCAAGUUAGCUUCAUUGAAUUAUAGGACUUGGAUAAACGUGAUUACGCUGGACUUUGACCCGAUGGCAGUACAUCUUCGACUUGCCCACGCUCUGCUGCAGAUGAGAUACUGUUACACGAGACAAAUCAAUAGCCGCAGUGAACGUCUGCGUACUCCGAUUAACGUCCUGCAUUCUGUCUGUCCCGUCUAGGUACGGACAUCUCUGUCGGAGAGGAGGUUGCCAUCAAGUUGGAAUGCGUGAAGACCAAACACCCACAGCUCCACAUCGAGAGCAAGAUCUACAAGAUGAUGCAGGGCGGAGUGGGCAUUCCUACGAUAAAGUGGUGCGGGGCCGAGGGAGACUACAACGUGAUGGUGAUGGAGCUGCUGGGGCCCAGCCUGGAGGACCUGUUCAACUUCUGCUCUCGGAAGUUCAGCCUCAAGACGGUCCUGCUGCUGGCCGAUCAGAUGAUCAGCCGCAUCGAGUACAUCCACUCCAAGAACUUCAUCCACCGAGACGUGAAGCCGGACAACUUCCUGAUGGGGCUGGGCAAGAAGGGCAACCUGGUCUACAUCAUCGACUUCGGCCUGGCCAAGAAGUACCGCGACGCGCGCACACACCAGCACAUCCCCUACCGCGAGAACAAGAACCUGACCGGCACGGCGCGCUACGCCUCCAUCAACACGCACCUGGGCAUCGAGCAGUCCAGACGGGACGACUUGGAGUCGCUGGGCUACGUCCUCAUGUACUUCAACCUGGGCUCUCUUCCCUGGCAAGGCCUGAAAGCCGCCACCAAGAGGCAGAAGUACGAGCGCAUCAGCGAGAAGAAAAUGUCCACGCCCAUUGAGGUUCUCUGCAAAGGCUACCCAUCGGAGUUUGCCACCUACCUGAACUUCUGCCGCUCCCUGCGCUUCGAUGACAAGCCCGACUACUCGUACCUCCGCCAGCUCUUCAGGAACCUCUUCCACAGGCAGGGCUUCUCCUACGACUACGUCUUCGACUGGAACAUGCUCAAGUUUGGAGCCAACAGGGCCGUGGAGGACGCAGAGAGGGAGCGUCGGGAGCGGGAGGAGAGGCUGAGGCACAGCAGGAACCCCGCAGCCAGGGGCCUGGCCUCGGCCUCAGGAAGAGCCAGGGCAACUCAGGAGGUCGCGGCUCCCUCACCACUCAACCCCGCCACAGGUUUGGAGAAGGAGAGGAAGGUGAGCAUGCGUCUUCAUCGCGGGGCGCCUGUCAACAUCUCCUCUUCGGAUCUCACGGGACGCCAGGACGCAUCGCGCAUGUCCUCACAGGCCCUGUCCCGGGUCACGCCCAGCGGCCUCCAGUCUGCAGCGCCGCGGUGAAAAACCCUCCCCAUCCACCUGUGCACCACGGAGGCCUCAACACGCACCGCCUGCAACACACACACACACACAGACACACACACACACACACACACACACGACUCUUCAAUGACACAGAGGACUACCAACUGGCUGCCCUCCUGUACACCUGACAGAGGAUGAGGCGCACAACCAGGAGUGUGUGUGUGUGUGUGUGUGUGUGUGUGUGAGUGAGAGAUGGGUGGAGUAUAGUUCGGUAGCAGCCGUGGCCUCCCUCCUCCUUACUGUCGAUGAUGCCAUGGAGUCACUUUCCUCUGGCAUCUUUUUAAAACGUUGAUUUUACUAAUUUUUAAAGCGUCUCUUCACAAGGGUUUGAAAAGGACGAGUGUUUGUUUGAAAGUAGUGUGUGGGACAUUUUUGAUCACAAAGACAUUUGAUCCGUCACGGCAGCAUUAAAGGACGGUGCCCAAACUCUGUUUUGUGUCCUGGAAGACUUUUCUUUUUUUUUGCUUUAGGUGUUUGAGGUGUAAAGGUAGGACAACUCCCUUGUUUUUAAAAUGUGAGAAAGGCUCUUUUAAUGUUCCAAUGGUGAUCCCACAGUACGACUUUUUGUUUUGUUGUUUUUGUUUUCCUCCUCCUCAGGUGCGUUGGAACCAGGACGUGGUAGUAAAUCCAAAAACACGCAGCACAUUUUUCUGUCUUCAGGUCGUGACUGCGGUUGCGCUGCUUUGGGAAAGCUGUGAAUGGGAAAAGGUCCGUCCGCACCGAGCGGACGAGACGUUGUUUUUAACCCGGUGCAUAGUGACGUGGUGGUUGUUGUGGUGUGUGUGUGUGUGUGUCUGUCUGUUUGUUUGUGCGGUUCUGUCUCGGGGGGGUUUAUACAAGCUCAAAGGGGUGGGGGGUGAACAUGUUGAGGGGGGGUAUUUUCUUUUAGGGUUUUCACUCCUAAGCUCACUCUAGACCACCUCAUCCUCUGCCUCCAUUGUUUGCUUUGUCCCCCCCCCCCCCACCCCCCUCCAUUGCCCAUCUGGGCAUUUCCUACCUCGACCUCGUCAGACGCUCACUGUCCGUCUUUAUUGACAGACGGGGAACAAAAUCUCUCUCCAUAUUAGCCCAGUAGACUCUACAGAAAACUGUCUUGGCCGUGGAUUUAAGUACUUAAAUCUACCGCCAAGACGUCAUCAAACUUCAUGAGUUUGGUCCAAAAUCGGCCAACGUCCUGAUCCGUUACUUCUAGUUUUAUCCCAAUCCAAAACCAGUAGCCAGUAAAUUCAGAUGAGAUGACGUAUGACAAAAUUAAAGGCACGCUCCACCAUCUUUGUUAACAUCCAGACCUGUCCGUUGUUCAUGGAGAGUACUAGUAGAAUGCCUUCUGUAGAAAAGACUAUCUCGUUGCAUUAUGGGAAAUAUAGGACGAAGGGUUUUUGGAGCUCAUAUCCUCAAUUUUUCGAGCGCUGCGAGAGUCCGAGAUAGAAAAUGGGCCGAUGAACUUUUAAAGGGCCAGUUCACCAAAUCAAAAAUACAGGCGUGCCAUAUAGUCCCAUUUCAUUGGAGAGAAGACGGACAUCUCUGCGGCCGAUGUCUCCAAUAUGAGGCAACUCGCACCAAACCCAUCUAGGUUGAUGAAGAGCACUACAGCUAAGAGGAAAAACAUGUUUGACUUUUGGGGUGAACUGUCCCUUUAAUAUCAGGCUGAGUGGAUGUGAGUGAGGGUGCUUCUGGAGAGCUAUGGUGCUCAGUGUUUGUCUUAAGAAGGGAGGAGGUCCCAGCGGCACCGGAGCCUCACGCGGCUCUUUAUUUUAUUCGCUGACCCCGUGUCUCCUUCCGCCCGAGCGUUUUUUGCCGAUGAAUCCUGCAGCUUUUGGAGUAGAAAGUCCUCGAUGUGGUAGACCGCUUGCAGGGUGUCAUCGGCUGUUUUCUGUAGUUGGAGGGUUUGGGGGGGGUGGGGGGGUUGUGGUGUUUUGUACAUGUUGGUUCUGUUGUUGUGUAUAGGAUGUGCUUACACUCCGUCUACCGCGUCCACAUGAGCCGCUGUACGGCUCCGGAUGGCGGCGUUUGGAGGGGAUGGGAAUGCCUCACUCCAUUUGUUUUUUUUUAAUAAAAAUAUACCUCACCUGUGGGCUUGAAAAACAAACAAAAAAGGCGAUGGGUGAACUUGUUUGUCUCACUGAUGAUGGCUAUGAUAGAUGCAAGUACACUUAACAAGGGAUAAUAGAUUGUUUUUUCAGUCUGUCGUGUCUGCUUCUCUCAGUUCUUUCUACUUUUGUCACUUCCUGUCUAAUUUUUGCUUUUAACCGUGCAGGGGGGAUGUGGGAUGCUCAUGUCCCACAAUGCAUCUCUCACCGUGGACUGAUGGGAAAUCUUUUUUUUCCACUCCACACCUUAAGACUUUUGCUCCUCAUUUGUAAUGCCACUGUAUUUGUGUAUUUUAAAAGUGUAAAUAAAUUAAUAAGUACUUGUA